GAGUGGCUGUGGAUAAGAAGACGUCGAGCGCACGUUGGAGAACGCUGGCUCGGAGCCAACUAACCACAAAAAGAGAGAAAAGAAUGGCCACAGCUUUCGCCAACCAAUUCCUCCGUCCAGUUCCCGCCGGCCUCAGGCGGCCUCCCGCCGCCCUGAAGCCCGCCGGAACCUUCCUUCAUCUCCGACGCCCUCCCGCAGGUCCCGUGACAAGGAGUGUGGGUCCGAGGAGGGGUUGCGCUGUGAAGAGCGAGUCGGUGGAGAAGGUGGGCACCGACCUGAAAGACCUGGUGGAGUUCCUCUAUGACGACCUCCCUCACCUCUUCGACGAGCAGGGCAUCGACCGGACCAUGUACGACGACCGCGUGAGGUUCCGGGACCCCAUCACGCGUCACGACACCAUCGACGGCUAUCUGUUCAACAUCCGGCUCCUGAAGCUGCUCUUCCGCCCCGAUUUCUAUCUGCACCACGUGAGGCAGACAGGACCUAAUGAAAUCAGUACAAGAUGGACUAUGGUAAUGAGGUUUACGCUUCUACCAUGGAAACCGGAGUUGGUGUUCACGGGAACAUCAGUCAUGGGCGUCAACCCACUGACUCAAAAAUUUUGCAGCCAUUUGGAUCUUUGGGACUCCAUACAAAACAAUGACUACUUUUCUUUGGAAGGUCUAAUAGAUGUUUUAAAGCAGCUGCGAAUAUACAAGACUCCGGAAUUGGAAACCCCAAAGUACUUGAUACUGAAAAGAACUGCAAAUUAUGAGAUAAGGAAGUAUGAGCCAUUUGUGGUGGUUGAAACCGAAGGAGAUAAGCUAUCUGGCUCAUCUGGUUUCAACAAUGUUGCCGGGUAUAUAUUCGGUAAGAAUUCCUCGACUGAAAAGAUUCCCAUGACGACCCCUGUUUUCACACAGGCAGUUGAUGACAAAUUAUCAAAAGUUUCUAUCCAGAUCGUUCUACCAAUGGACAAAGAAUUGGGCAAUUUGCCUUCUCCCAGUGCCGAAGCAGUUAAUUUGAGAAAGGUUGAAGGAGGUAUUGCUGCAGUAAUAAAAUUUAGUGGAAAACCGAGUGAAGAGAUUGUACUCAGUAAAGAGAGAGAACUUCGGUCUGCAAUACUUAAAGAUGGUCUCAGACCUCAACAAGGUUGUUUGCUUGCUCGCUACAAUGAUCCUGGCAGUACAAACAGCUUCAUAAUGCGAAAUGAGGUGCUGAUAUGGCUUAAUGACUUCACAUUAGAAUAACCUGCAAGCAUGUUGCAGACAGUUCCGCCGGAGCAGGGAUCAACUGUGUCAUCUUUGUUAAGCUCAUUCCUAAGUGCAACUUUUCGAUCGUUCUUUCAAUAUACAUUGUGUAGAUCAAUGAUUUCUUUGAUCUCCUGUAAUAGCUGUGACGUUCUUACCUGUAUAUUUGCACUCAGUCUGUAAAAAAGAUUGGUGGAUACUGAAAAUUGAUACAUUAAAAUGCAAAGAAUAGACACAAGAAAUUUUCUC